UCCGCCAACAUCCCUCCUCUUCCUCAUUAAAACCAUUAGCAGGCAGAUCCUCCUUGCCAUCUCUUCACAUUUCACCUCACUCUCUCAGCUUUGCUUCGUCUUGCAUCUCAUGUAUUCCUACCCUUAGAUUAUUCUUGGUUCCGGUUAUUUUCAUUCCAUGGCGACAUCGGCUUUCAAGUCAACCGCAAAGAGAACACCAAUAGUGAAAUCGACCGGGGAGAACUCGUCGUCCUCCAACCGGACGUCCCCCCACCGGCGUGGUAGGAGUCUCAGCCGGUUCUCGCGCCGGCUUCCUCAAGCGGAUUACGACGACGUGGAGUCCACACUGGCGCCGCCUACCAGAGGGAGAUUUGUCAAUAAGCUGAGGGGAUCCGGGUUCCUGGAGACCAGCCUCGAUGAUCUUGCCACCAAACUGUUUGACUCUUCCUUGAGAGGCCGCUCAAAUUUAAGGCAUGCUGAAGUCAGCCUCAGAAUUGGAGGAGGAGAUGGUGGUGUUUCGGAAAGUGCUGAUUCCAGGAGGAGAAGAUCGGUGUCUGUGGCGCAGUAUCAGCUUAGCGGUUCGGAGAGUGAUCUAGAUCAUUCACAUAAUUCUAGCAAACCUGGCAAUAUUAAGAGUUCCAUGGGUGGAAACGGUCAGAUAUCCUCAAUGCAUAAGCCAACAGCUCCAAAUCACAAGCCUGGACUAAGAAAGUCUCUUAGCCAGAAGGACUUGAAGUGCCAUGAUGGCUAUUCUGCAGAACAUCCAACCGGGGAUGUGGACACUGAUUUGUACAGAGCAUUGCAAGAUCUUAGAUAUGCUGUGGAAAAGAUCAAGACAAAACUUGAACAGAAAGCAAACUACUCUUGGCUAAGUAAUGACCUUUUGAAGUCUCAGAAUUCUGAUGUUCUUUGGGCUGUUUCCUCACUUUAAAGAAAUUAUGCAGCAAAAUUGGAAAAGUCAGAGAAAUGUAAACAAGAUUUAUCAGCCGAAAUUCUGUUGGAGGAGCAGCAUGGCAAGGAGCUUAUCAAGAUUUUCAAAGGACUGAUUCCUAAUACAAAGAACUCUGCUGUUGAAAAAGAAAAACCAACUCAAAUGAGAGAGAGAAGUAAUGACGGACAGAGGAUGUCCAAGAGGUUGAUUGAGGAGGCAGAGAAAUAUAUUGAGGACCUCAUUUCAAAUGUUGAAGAUACUGAUAUUUCCUCCUUAGAUGGAGAAAGGAGUGACACCAGUUCAAGUUUAGGAGGAAUUACAGACACCAACUUUCCUGGGUAC